AUGAUAAAGCUUUUACACAGAAGUCACAUCUUAUCACACACCAGAGGAUUCACACUGGAGAGAAGCCAUAUCAGUGUUCUGAAUGUGAUAAAGCUUUUUACACAGAAGUCAAAUCUUAUCACACACCAGAGGAUUCACACUGGAGAGAAGUCAUAUCAGUGUUCUGAAUGUGAUAAAGCUUUUACAGUGAAGUCAAAUCUUAUCACACACCAGAGGAUUCACACUGGAGAGAAGUCAUAUCAGUGUUCUGAAUGUGAUAAAGCUUUUACAGUGAAGUCAAAUCUUAUCACACACCAGAGGAUUCACACUGGAGAGAAGUCAUAUCAGUGUUCUGAAUGUGAUAAAGCUUUUACAAGAAAGUCAAGUCUUAUCACACACCAGAGGAUUCACACUGGAGAGAAGUCAUAUCAGUGUUCUGAAUGUGAUAAAGCUUUUACACAGAAGUCACAUCUUAUCAGACACCAGAGGAUUCACACUGGAGAGAAGCCAUUUUAA